AUGCUCCCGCUGCUGGCAGUAACCGUCCUCGCCUCUGCCGCCGCAGACAGGCGCGCGCUGGGUGACGACGGCGUGAAUGGCGCCAUCCACAACGGCAAAGAUGCUCCCAAGGGCAGGCAAUGCGUGGUCGACGAGUUCACCGGCAAGCCGUACACACGCGAGCAGUCCCUGCCCAAGGUACGCCUCGGCGGCUACGCCCAGGACAGCGACUCGCCCUCGGACUUUGAGGAGCGGCGGGCGGUCAGGGUUGUGUGGAACCGGCGGUUCAACCAUAAGCUGAAUGCGGACCACAUGAACAACGAUGUGGCGCUGCUGCUGCUGGACACGCCCAGCACUAUGCCAACGCUGGAGAUGUCGCUGCUGCCGCUGAGGGUGUGCCAGAAGCAGCUGAGCCCCACAGGGUUUAGCUACGCCUCUGUUCCCUUCGACUUCUUCACAAACACAAUGAUCUGUGCAGCAGGGACGCGGCGGCCCGUGUCAGGCAUGUGCCACGGCGACUCUGGCGGCCCGCUGAUCGUGCGGGGUGCCGGGGCGGCGCAGGAUUUGCAAGUCGGCAUCACCAGCUGGACGCGCUUCCCCAGCGGCCAAUGUGCCAACAUCAGCCCUGACGUGUUCACUGAUGUGGCUGCUGUGCGGAAGUGGAUUGACGCCGCCAUCCUCAAGCUGACUGCCCCCCUGAUCGGCAGCUUGAUGGGUGACCUGCUGGUGCGAGGCUUCAAUGAGGAGCAGGUCCGUGCCACAUCUGCCGGCAAAGAGCUCAAGAUUCUGUCAUCCCCUGAUUACGCCUUCACUGCCUUGCUGGCACGGCGGCCCAAUGCAAAGGCCAGCGUUAUGCGGCGCAUGGUGUUUGAAUGGAGGGACCGCAUUGGUGUAACGAUCCUGCAGUCCAAUCAAAUGCAGGUCCGCGUCAACAGCAAGGUGGUGCGGCCCGGCAGCUGGAAAAAAAUCAAGGGCGGGAGGCUGCGCUUCAGUGACCCCCUGCCGGGCAUGAACCACACCGUCACAAUAGAGCAGCCCGGCCUGCGCAUCCGCAUCAGCCAGCCGGUCAAGCACCGCCGCACCAACAGCCCCUGGCUGGACACCUGGGUGACGCUCACCCAGCCCCCCACCACCGCCCUGGGCGGCGUGCUGGGCCGCACCCUGCCCACCAUGCUGGCUGCCUGA